AUGACCAUGCUGGGCAUAGUUAUCGCAGACUUGAUGAUGCUCUCUCGUGUUGAAGUGCUGUGGAGAAGAUCUCGACACUACUGGCUCGUUGUCGGCAUACUGCUCACUGAAUGGGUAUCGUUCGUGGCUAUCAACUGGUGGCUUCUCUUUCAGGCGUAUCCUGAGCUCAACGAUGGUCGCCCGCUCGGCCAGGACGUCAUAUCGUGUACCAUGAUCUUCAAUCCGCGCUAUGAUCGCCUCGCUCCAGCCUCAGCGUGGAUACCGCUCCUCUACGACACAACGGUCAUCGCAUUCGUGAUCGCACGCACGCUACCAGGAAGCAAGGGAAAGGCUACCUUCGCGGCGAUCGGCACUGAGAUGCUGCGUGAAGGCAUCGCCUACUACAGCGUCGUCUUCGCUGUAACCUUCACCUUGACGCUCAUGAUCGCCUUCGCGGAUCCCGGAAUCAAGAACAUCUGCGCACAACUCGAGCUUUGCCUGACGUCCGUCAUGAUGUCCCGCAUAACGCUCGCCCUGAAACGACAUCUCGUCGACCUCGGCUCCGUCAAAGGUUGCGGCCAUCACGCCAGCCCUCUCGAGUGGGGCGCAGUAACGCGACCGCCGCGCAUCGCGUUCAGCCGUGGACGAGUGCACUACGUCCAGCGUGCUCCGUGUGACACCGGAGCGCUCGCCAUCGUUUCGCACGUUGCUGGGAAGGAGUCUGAUGCGAGGGCGACGGUCACCAUUGUGGGUUGUGGGCAGAAUGUCGAUACCGUUGAGAUGGUGGAUAUGGGUGACCCUGAUAAGGAUGUGGACGUACCAGAGGAGCUGAACGAGUUGCCGGUAUGA